UGUUUUCUUUCAGUUUUCCAGCUAAUUUUUAAUUCAAUUAAAAUAUCUAUGAAAGAACACAGCACAUAACUUUACUUGCGUCCCUUUCUCCUCUCUGAGAAUUACCACUGGCAUGACGCAUAACGGUGCUAAGCUUGAUAGUACUACAGAUGUAAAAGAUCGGCAAGACAUCAGGCUUAUGCAGUUAACAAAUAUGAAGAAAGAUAAAUGCCUCAUCCAUGAAAACGAAAACUGCUGUUCAGAAAAUGAUGAACUCACUGGAAACAUUCUUUAUGAAUUUCCAGAUGAUUCUGAUGAGGGCAGCGAUGACAGUUUAAAUAAUAUCACAAGGAAUACGCAGUCUGCACAUAGUGAAGCUAAACAAAGUGAAGAAUUCUCUGAUGAUAGUAUUCAGAAGCAAGGUAAAACUGUAGGAUCUCAAAAUCUGAGGCAACCAACUUACGAUCUAACUAGCAAAAGAAAUGGUUAUAAUAUAUCUGAGUCUAACAGCAAAUCUAAAGCAGAUGGCUUUGAAAAUAUAAUAAUUUCUAGAAAUAUCGACGCAAAUCACAAAAGAAAGACAUCCGAUUUGAAAAGAAAAGCUGAGGAGAAAUUAUCAACAGAUGAUGAUGAAUUAGAUGGUAACGAAACUCCACGUGCAGCGAAAAUGCUUAAAGAUUCUUCAAAUGAGUUGAAAUUUUCUUCUCGUGAAAUGAUGUCUUCAGUGAAUGAGUCCGCAGAAGAGUACACACCUAUGGAUACCAACUCAGAGGACUUCUUUGCUGAUGCAGAAGACAGUUCUAGUUCCGACAAUUUUGAAUCAAACUCUGAUCGGGAAAUUAAUUUAGAAAAUUCUACGAACAUGAGAAGAUGCAAUGAAUUUACUUCCGUAUCUAGCAAAGUAGUUAGUAAGUUAAGCUUUACUAAUACUCAAAGCAGCAGCUUCGAUAAUUCCCAGAGUUCUACAUUCCCAGGUUUUACAGUUGCUACACCACUGGAAAAAAAUCCGAAUGAAGAUCAAAUCAAGGAUCAAGACAAUGACUUAACUUCUGGACGAAAUUCUGAGGCAACUAAGGUAAUUCCUGUUGCCAGCUUACAAGAUAGCACGUCGACCAUAACAAAUGAAGAGAAUCGAAACGAUCAACCAGCAGCAACCUCUAAUUCCUUGAAAAUCCGUUCCGAAGUCUCCCGACCAAAGAAAUGUCUGGUGUGUCGAAAGAGGCUUGGUCUGGUUCCUAUUCAGUGUCGCUGUGGAGGUCUGUACUGCUCCAUCCAUCGUUACGACAGGGAACAUAACUGCACUUUCGAUUACAAAGCUAUGGGAGCGGAAGAAAUAAGGAGAAAUAACCCACUUGUAAUUGCAGAGAAAAUUCAUAAGCUGUAAAGGAUUGCAUUUAGAAGAACGAAAGAAAUUUUAGCUGCAUUAUUCUGAGCAAAUAAAUUAUUUCACUAUUAAGAAUCAUGCAAAAAUUUCGAUUGAUGAAAUCUAAUCACGAAUGCAAAUUUUUAUAUAGAAUCCUACACAAAAUUCAUUGUUGAUUAAAAGUUAUUAAUUUUAAAUCUCAGACAUGAUUUAUUUCAUAUUAUCGGAUUUAUACAUUUAGUCUCGUAGUUACUCUUUAAAAUUUUACAGUUGCUACAUUGCUAAAAAUUUUAUUUCGACCAUCUCAUAUUUAUUGGAUUAAUAUUCACUAAAAAUGUUUAAUAUAUUUUCGUUAUAGCAUUGCUAGAUAUCAUUCAAUUUUCACAUACAUUUGUAUUAAUGAAUCGUUAAAGUACUGUGGUAUAUAAAACAACAGAUUAGGCACUCUCUAGAAAUAACAUCACACGAGAAAAGAGAAAGAAAUGUAUCCUUCAAUUAAAUAAUUAAAUAAAUAAAUAGUAAUUCUACCUCUUCAAAACUUGUGUUCAAAAAAUUUUUAUUUAAAUUUCAGUUUAAAUAGACUUCGUUUUUUUACUUACCU